AUGUCAAUUAGAGCUGGUCAGGACAAUACCAAUCUUCCAUGGGUGGAGAAAUAUAGACCCAGCAGCCUGGAUUAUGUGUAUGGGCAGCAUGAUACUGUUGAUACGGUGAGGAAGUUUGUGCAGGAUGGAAGACUUCCACACCUUCUCUUCUAUGGUCCUCCUGGAACCGGAAAGACAUCUACCAUAAUGGCGUUGGCGAAGGAAAUAUACGGCAAAAAUUAUCGAAAUAUGGUUCUAGAACUAAAUGCAAGUGAUGAUAGAGGUAUAUCUGUUGUCCGAGACCAGAUUGUGAACUUUGCAAGUACAAGACAAAUAUUCAGCAAUGGGUUCAAGUUGAUCAUAUUAGAUGAAGCAGAUGCCAUGACCAACGUUGCCCAGAAUGCAUUGAGGCGAGUAAUAGAAAAAUUUACCAAAAAUACUAGGUUCUGUGUCCUAGCUAAUUACGCCCACAAAUUGAACCCUGCUCUGCUUUCCAGAUGUACAAGGUUCAGAUUUCAACCAAUUAGCCAAGAGGCUAUACAAUUGAGAAUAAAUGAUGUCAUUAAACAGGAGGGAAUAAAUAUUGAUGAUGAUGCCCUGCAAUCUCUUUUGAAGUUAUCAAAGGGUGACAUGAGGAAGGCUUUGAACGUGUUGCAGGCUUGUUUUACAGGUCUGGACUCUCCCUCUCAGGCAAUAACCUCGCCUAUGAUAUACGAAUGCGUUGGUGCUCCUGAUCCCCAGGAUAUAGAGCAUGUUCUGGACACAAUUAUACAAGAGAAUUGGGAAGCUGCAUUCACAAUAAUGAAUCGACUGAAACUUGAAAAGGGUUACGCUCUAAUCGAUUUGGUCAAUGGGUUUGUAGAUAUUCUUGGAGGGUAUCAGUUGGAAAAGAUGUGUCGACUAACAAUAUUGAAGGGGCUUGCAGACAUUGAAUAUGCGAUAUCACGCGGAGGUAAUGACGCUAUUCAGAACACAGCGGUCAUUGGAGUCAUAAAGAAGGGGUUUGAAACUCAGACUUAG